AUGCAGCGAGAAGCGGCGCUCAACGUUUUGCGCGGCGGGCACCACGACGCCCAUGGCGGGCAUGCCACCGUCACGCAGCACAGGUGGAAGGUGAGAUAUGGUCAGCAUUGCACCAGCACCUUGCUGAAGCAGACCGCAAUUGCUGAACUGUCUCCUCACGCAGCUGCUGCUGACCAGGAAGCUUUGGCUGCUUUGACAUACGUGCUUCAAGACAGCGACUAUGACGUGCGGAAGAGCGCCUUCGCGGCGCUCAGCCACUGUUUGAAGAAUGCAGCAUCGGAUCUCUUGGCCUGCUUGAUCUUGAGCUGCUGCUUACAAGAUGAGCGGUCCUGCGUGAGGUUGGCUGCAGCGGAGGUGCUUGUGCAACUCGGUACCACUGGAAAUUCGAUGGCACCCGUCUUCAUCGCCAACACCUGGCUUGACGAUCCCAGGCAGCACGUGAGGUGCUUGGCAGUGCAGAUUCUGGGGAGGUGUGUUGGGCACGGCGUUAACGAAGCAUUGGAUGCCGCGGUGGGACAUUUGCAAGAUCACCGGUUUUUUGUGCGCAAGGGAGCCGUCGAAGUUAUGGGCAACGGGGCAUUACAAGGCAACAGAAAGGCGGCAGAAUUCCUGCAUGCAUGCUUACAAGACGAAUCCGUAAGUGUUCGAGAUGUGGCUCGGCGCUGGCAUGUGCGAGUGGUGUGCAAUGCAGCCUCCUGGCUGUGGGGAGAGGAUGCGAGAAGAGAACUCGGUUUGGAGAUUCUGUCUGCACUGGCUAAGCUGGGCAACCGGGAUGCAAUUCUGGCAGCAGUUGACGGGUUGCAGAGUCCGUCAUCUAAGUGCAGAGAGGCUGCUGUAGACAUCCUGGGGGGCGGAGCAUUGCAAGAACAUCCGUUGGCAAUGAUCGCGCUGGAGAUGUGUGUUCGAGACGAGGAUCAGGAUAUGUCCACAGAGGAAAAGAUCUUGAAAGCAAGGCAUCUGCUGUCCACUGCAUCCCGGAACAUUCUGCAUGCCCUCGACGCUCAUCUCGAAGCGGAUGAAGAGAAGAGCUUCGUUUCACAACGUGAAGCGGAAGACCAACGCGAUGCUGCGCCAGAGUUUGUGCGGCAGGUGUGUCAACGAAUGGCUACAGAAGGCCCGGCGUGUGCAGUGCAGUCCAUCCUCGAGCUGACCAUGGGUGCUCAAGAAGCUUGGACAGGUGACUGGACAGCGUCUACUACAAGAAAAGCCUGCGAUACAUCUGCGGCGCUGAAUGUGCUUUCUCGACGCGAGUACGGUAGGAUGCCUUGCCAUCGGUUUCCUGUGCUGAUGGAUUCAGACUCCUAUACGAGGGCAUCGGCUAUACAGGUUUUGCAUGCUGCGGCCGAACAAGGCAGUCAACAAGCCCCGGCUGCUAUCAGCAACAGUUUGGAGGACCAAAGUGCCGAUGUGCGGGAGGAGGCGGCGGAGGUCCUAGGCAGCAUCCCCACGCAGCCUUUGCUGAUGGAAAGCAUGGCCAAACACCUGGCAAGUGAUCGGUCAGAGGUGAGACAGGUCGCGGUAGAGCUGCUCUGCAGAAACAGCGACGAAGAUGGGGUUCGUGAGGUAGCCCUGCAGUCUCUCAAGAGCCUGCAUGCUGAAACCAGACAGUCUGCGAUCCGAGUAUUGAGUUGUGUUGCUGCGGGCAACCAGGAGGCCAUGCAUGCUUUGCAGAGCAGUCUGUGCGAUCAGCAGAUGGAAGUUCGACAAGAGGCUCUUGCUGCACUUUGCACACUCGGCCGACGUGGCACUGAAAGCGCUCCGAGUGAUUGGACGUCCUGA